UUUGGCGUAAGUGAUAAACGUUUGAUCUUACUGGCUUUUUUGGACAAGAGACUAAGGGAGUCUGUUGCUUUUCUUAUCUGCAUUUCAUGUACCCUGUAUGGAUAUAUAGAUAGAUUGUCUCAUGUUGAUAAACAAUUAGAUCCCUUAUGAACCAGCUGAAAAAAUUGCAUGCCCACACCCUUAGAAACGGUUUGGAUUUCACCAAGUUCUUGAUAGACAAGCUUCUUGAAAUCCCAAACAUCCCAUAUGCCCACCAACUGUUCGACAAUAUUCCUAACCCAACAAUCUUCCUCUACAACAAGCUCAUCCAGGCAUACUCUUCCCAUGGUCCGCAUGAUCAGUGUUUGUCUCUCUACAUUCAAAUGUGCCGCCGAGGUUUCGCCCCCAAUGCCCACUCCUUCACCUUCCUUUUUGUUGCCUGCACUAAGCUUUCCAGUCCCAGGCAAGGCCAAAUGCUUCAUGCUGAUUUCAUCAAGCAUGGCUUCCAAUUUGAGGUCUUUGCCUUAACUGCAUUGGUUGACAUGUAUGCUAAGAUGGGAUCGGUUCAUUUGGCUCGAAAGCAAUUCGAUGAGAUGAAAAUAAGGGAUGUGCCCACAUGGAACUCCUUGAUUUCUGGGUAUGUCAAGAGUGGGAAUAUGGAGGAAGCUUUGCAUUUGUUUUCGACAAUGCCUUCAAGGAAUGUCAUUUCUUGGACUGCUAUAAUAUCAGGUUACGCGCAGAACGGGCAGUAUGGGAGGGCUCUGGCCAUUUAUAGAGAGUUGGAGAAGGAGAAAGGAGUAGAGCCAAAUCAAGUGACCAUAGCUAGUGUUCUUCCAGCUUGUGCAAAUCUGGGGGCAUUAGAGUUUGGGCAGAGGAUUGAGGCUUAUGCAAGGGCAAAUGGAUACUUCAAGAAUUUGUUUGUCUGUAAUGCUGUAUUGGAAAUGUAUGCAAAAUGUGGCAAACUGGAUGCCGCAAUGGAAGUGUUUGUUGAGAUGGGCAAGAGGAGAAACUUGUGCUCUUGGAAUACUAUGAUCAUGGGUUUAGCUGUCCAUGGGAAAAGCAAUGAAGCACUGGAUCUCUUCCACCAAAUGCUGGGAGAAGGGAUUUCGCCAGACGAUGUUACAUUGGUGGGAGCAAUCUUGGCAUGCACACAUGGAGGCAUGGUUGCAAGAGGCCGGGAGCUCUUCAACUCCAUGGAACAAGAAUUCUCCAUAGCUCCAAAACUGGAGCAUUACGGAUGCAUGGUUGAUCUUCUAGGGCGCGCAGGGCAACUGCAAGAAGCUUAUGAUCUGAUACAAAGCAUGCCAAUGAGAGCUGAUCCCGUGAUUUGGGGGAGCCUGUUGGGAGGGUGCAGUUUCCACUGCAACAUUGAACUGGGCGAGAAAGCAGCAGAGUUCUUGUUUGAAUUGGAGCCAUGGAAUCCAGGAAACUAUGUGAUUCUGUCGAAUAUAUACGCGAGGGCGGGGAGGUGGGAUGGCGUUGCACGGCUGAGGAAGGUGAUGAAGGGAUCACAGAUCACAAAGGCAGCAGGCUAUAGCUUCAUUGAGGAAGGAGGGCAAGUUCACAAGUUUAUUGUUGAAGAUAAGUCACACCCAAAAUCUACUCAGAUAUAUGCACUACUUGAUGAAAUCACAGCCAAGACUAAGUUGUAUGAUGCUGAUAUUGCCAUUGAAUACUAAGCAGGAAACUAAUUACUUGUCCGCUUAGGUUUGAACCUCGGCAAGUUUUUGAGUAACAGGUUUUGGGCAAGAUCAGAAAACU